AUGUUGAGUCUUGUAGAACGUAAAACAAGUGGGUUGUCAUGGCCAGCGGCUACUCAUCCCAAUUAUUUGAACUUAAAUAAUAAUAGCAGUAAUAUUAACAAUAACAAAAAGGAGGAAUACGGAGAAAAGACAGUAACGUCCAGGUCGGAGCCUUGCGGCGAUAAUAUGAUAUUGAGAAGAUCCUCGUCAUCGGGACAAGAAACGCCGGCUAAAAAGAAACCACAAAGGCUUACUCUGUGCACUCGGACAAUUUGGUUGCGCCAUGAGGGAAUGAGCGCUGGAGGUGAUGGAGCUGGAGGCAUCCAGAGUGGAAGUGGUGGAAGAAACACUCCACCACAUGGCUCACCUACGCCUAUGGAUAAAGCCACCUUGAAAGUUCAUCUACCAAAUGGUGGUUUUAAUGUCGUUAAAUUUGGAGACGCUAUCGACGUAAAAGGGAUAAUAUCCCUAGUAACGAGUCGUUUGGCCGUAGGUAAUAGACAUUACAAAAGUUUAUACGCAAUGAGGCUUCAUCAUCCGGGCUCUGGCGAGAGUUAUUGGCUGCAUCAAGACACCACCAUGUAUCAAGUCCAGGAGAAAUACGAACGUAAGCAUCCACAUUCCGAGUGGAGGUAUGAGCUACGCGUGCGUUAUUUACCGCAAAAUCUAAACGACUUGUAUGAAAAAGAUAAAGUUACAUUCUACUACUACUACGAUCAGGUGAGAAAUGAUUAUCUCAAUGCAAAUCAUUCGACACUGGAUCAAGAUGUUGCCGUCCAGCUGUGUUGCCUAGAGAUACGUUAUUUCUUUAAAGACAUGCCGCAAGUAGCACUUGACAAGAAAAGCAACCUGGAGUACCUGGAACGAGAAGUCGGAUUGCACAAAUUUCUUCCACGCUCGGUGUUAAACGGUGUGAAACCAAAAACAUUGCGAAAGCUCAUUCAGCAACACUUUAAGAAGGUCGCUGCUCUCACCGAGCUCGAGUGUAUGUUUAAAUUCUUUGAUCUUCUACGCUCGCACUACAGAUUUGAUCAGGAGAGAUUCAUUUGUGCAUUGGGGUCGAGCUGGUCGAUACCCGUUGAACUAGCUUGCAUAAAGCUACGUGUCGCCGGAGCAUCUGAAACGCUGAGUAUAACAUGUUCGAGUUUAGAUCAAGCGGAAAGCCUUGCGGAUUUGAUUGACGGUUAUUGUCGGGUUGCUACGGGAUCCAAUACCUCGCUGUGGAAUAGAAAAGCUGCUUCUUGGAAAAAUUAUCCUUGUCCCUGCAAAGACGCUCAUCCGCCAAAGUACCGGCACGAAGGUAAUGGAAGUCCCGAAAAAAAUCACGGUAAAACGGGGACUAUUUUGUCUGAAGAUUACGCGGAAAUUGUUGAUGAAGAAGGGGAUUAUUCGACACCUGCUGAACGACAUCAACAGCAAGAAACGAUGAAACGUGAAAACCGGCGAGUGCAAGCAAUGUCAUGGGGAGCAGAUGAAGUGCCACCACCAAAGCCGUCCCGACAGCCGCAAUCGUCAGAGCAAGUGCCAACAACGGUAGCGCCGGUUUCAACGUACAUCGUCGCCCAGAGCCCGGAGGUGCUGGCCCAGCUGCUGAAGGACAACCAAGCUCGGGGGGUAUGUCCCUCUGUGUACACGACGCCUGCCUCUGCCUUCAAUACGCUUGCGGUUCAAUUUCAAGACGAUCAGCAAGUUCUCACUACCGCUACUGUCACAGACUUGCCUUUCUUCGAUCCCCCGAAUCCCCUCUCCUCGGACUCUGCCCCAAGUAACAUUAGUUACAGCAAUGAAUGUCCCCCUACUUCGUCUAUCGCAACUACUCACAAUGACUCUAAUAAUUCUGAUGCUAAUUUAGAUUCUCUAGACUCUACUGAUACCAUGUCAUCUAUUAUAUCUAAUCUCAGCGUGACAGACUCUAUUCAAACACAAUCUCCCGCUAUUAAAGAGAUGCAAAAUUUAUACGCGGUUAGCUCUAAAGUUGUUGCCGGUACCGCAAUAACCGGCGAUUUGUACUCGCCAGUCCAAAAGUUUAACGUUUCUGCGGCGAUACCAGUGCCUGCGGUGACCACCGUCGGCGAAAUUUACGCCCCGGUGACCAAUUUCACCCAAAGCUCCGCGAUAAUCGGUAAUUUUAGCCAAACAUCGAGUAUCAGUAGCAGUUACAGUGACAAUAACACAGACAUACUCAACAAUUCCGGACCCAAUAGCUUGUCAAGUGUCUCAAGUCACCACCAAGUAUCGCCCAGUAUUAUGUCCUCGUCUAUUUCUCAGCAUGCAGCGCAAAAUUCACCUGUCAAUUUUCCCAGUCAGUUUGUUAAGUGUUCAGCAGCUGCCGCGCUGUGCUCUCAAAAUGCGGUCGCGGUAUCUAUGGCGAUGCAAGGUGCUUGUCAAAGCUCACCUGCGAUCUCCUCUUUGUCAUCAAACUUUAUUAUUAAUAACAACAAAAAUAAUGUUAUCGCUGGUGGUAGUAAUGUUGGUGCUGGUGUUGGUGGUAUUGGUGGUGGUAGUGUUGGUGCUGGUGGCGGACAAAUUGUCAACUCGUCUUUACCCGUAUCGGAAUGCCUCUACGGUCCUGUUUUGAAAUUUCGCGCGCAAGCCCAAAGCUGCGCAGAGACAAAAACCGCGGCAUCUGUCGCUGCUUUACCUUACGCGCAAAAUUCAACCGCGCGUGUCUACAGCCCGACACCUUGUGUCGCCCAGAAUUAUCAGCAGCAAUUGCAUCACCAUGUCCCGGUUCCGAGUUAUCAACAGCAACAUCAGCAGCAGCAGCAGCAGCAGCAGCAGCAGCAGCAGCAGUUUUCUGUUAAUUAUGGGCAAAACAAUCAGCUUCAAGGAGUCCAGUAUGUCGGCAAUGUUAAUCAACAGCAGCAAGCUGGAAUUAUGCAUGCUCAAAUAAACGGCGUACCCCCUAUUUACACUGUCCACGCUACACCUGCGAUUUCUGGUGGACAGCAGCCUUUCGAUCACCAGCAGAUUAUUAUUCAGAAUCCUAAUUACAGCCAGAGUGUAGCUAAUCAGCAACAGUACUCAGCUAUUGUUCACGGAUCUCAUCCGCAAUUUGCAGUAUCGAUGCAGGCGCAGUAUUCAUCAUCGCCUAUUAAGCACGCGCCUAUUAGCAACGCUGCUACGGAUUAUAUGGUAGCCCAAAAUUUACCGCAAGCGACGAUAAAUAAUCCCGCUGCAAUGGCGCGGUCAAAUGCAGGCCCCCAAGUGGCUACCGGGCUCGCUAAAAUAACGACAUUCGUUAACCCAAAUCAAGAAGAACAGCUGGUCAGCUCUAUUGACGGGACACUGUCCGGCUCAUUGAUUUCUUCGGCUGUCAGCGACAGCACCAUGUCAUCCAGCGGGUCAAUUUUGGAAGACGCCCAGCAAGAUCAGAGAAAUGCUCAGUCACAAUUGUUCGAUAGUAUAACGGAUAAUACCCACAACAGUAUUGAUGAAGAACAGAAAUUGUUGGAAAAGCGGCUUUUUGAGCAGCAAAGACAAUCAGAGGAAGACAGCAGAUGGCUUGCAAGAGAAGAAAAGCGUUUGUCUAUUGCUACAAGUGGUGAUGAAAGCGCUAGCCCACCUGUCCCACGUUCAAUGACUCAAUCUCCUAGUCAUGAUCAUAGUGCUAAUACCAGUUCGUUUGGUUCCGACAAAAGUAGUGAUAAAAUUAUUAUUGUUAAGAAAAUGGAGCCAACUCCUACAGCCGACUUGGACAGAUCGAAUGAUAAAGUUUACGACUGCACCACGAAUGUCGUACGUGCUGUGAUGUCAUUAUCACAAGGCGUUCAACAAAGUAAAGCCGAUCAGUAUUUAGAAUUAGUGAGACGAGUUGGAGUUGAACUGAGAGCGCUACUUUCAUCAGUAGACGCUCUUGUAGACGUGCUACCCGCCACUGCGCAUCGUCAAGUUGAAAUGGCUCACAAAGUUUUGAGCAAAGACAUGGCUGAUCUCGUUACUGCUAUGAAAUUAGCGCAAAAUUAUAGUUCUACAACUCUAGACGCUGAAUAUCGAAAAGGAAUGCUAUCAGCAGCUCAUAUAUUAGCGAUGGACGCAAAAAACCUUCUCGACGUGAUAGACUCAAUCCGGAUCCGUUACCCAUACGUAGAUAAUCAGAUCUGUGAGCGACAGCAGGAGACGAUAAGUAACUCACGUCAAUCGACGCCAGAGCAUCAGCAUCUGAAUAAUCAGCAUCAGAAUCGAAUAAUACGUUCAAGCCAGUCAGGCGAGCAGUUACUACUGAGACGUAGUCAAUCAACAGAAAGAUCCGACACACCGUCAUUCCGUCAGAGUCAAAGUGGUGAUGUGUUGCACCGGCUCGGGCAAUCGGUUGACCGUUCACUGCCUGGAACACCAUCCGCAACAGGAGUUAAUGACAUUACCACAAACCCGAUGUCUAGUCUCGAAAGACGGCACCGCAUGGUGACUAAUAGCCUCGAGAGAAAUUCAACAGCAGCCAGGAAACAAAUUACGACAAAUAGUUUAGAGCGUAAACGACCUUCGAUGCCGACAAUGUCCGCGUCCAUCUGCACCGGGUCCUCCUCACCGCACAAUUCCGUAAGUUUGCCACCCAUUCCCGUACCGGUUCCUGUCUCUUGCAAUGUUGUCCAAACUACUGCGCCCAUCAUCCAUCCGAAUCAAAUGAUCACCAUGGACAUCAGUCAAUCCGCAAAGUUCACAAAUAACACCAAUGAUUUGACCGCGACUCAAGUCAACGACAGCUAA